AAAGAAAAAAAGCUCCACCACUGGACUGUUUCAAGUUCCCCCCUCGACUGAAACCCUGCCUGAUUUGUGGGCAAUGUUGGGGAUGUAGAAAAAAAAAAAAAAAAAAAAAGGAAACCGGAGCGAAGAGAGCGCACGAAGAGAGAGACAGGGAGACAACACUAACCGGGUAGCUAUGGAGAUAGUAGGCUUUCCUGGCUGCUUUCUUUGACAGGUGCCGAGCGGGAUAAAAUAAAGUAGCACAACCGCCUCCAACAUGUACGGCAAGGGGAAAGGAGCUGUGGUCCCCUCCGACAGCCAGGCAAGAGAAAAGUUAGCGUUAUAUGUGUACGAGUACCUGCUACAUGUGGGAGCACAGAAGUCCGCACAGACUUUCCUGUCAGAGAUUCGAUGGGAGAAGAAUAUUACGUUAGGGGAACCGCCUGGAUUCCUUCAUUCUUGGUGGUGUGUUUUCUGGGAUUUGUAUUGCGCAGCUCCAGACCGAAGAGAGACGUGUGAACACUCCAGUGAGGCAAAGGCCUUCCAUGAUUAUAGCGCAGCGGCAGCACCCAGUCCUGUGAUGGGCAACAUGCCCCCCAACGACGCCAUGCCAGGUGGUCCCAUGCCCCCAGGCUUCUUCCAGGGACCGCCCGGCUCUCAGCAGUCCCCUCAUGCACAGCCCCCCCCACACAACCCCAGCAACCCCAUGAUGGGACCCCAUGGUCAGCCUUUCAUGUCUCCGCGGUAUCCAGGUGGACCGCGCCCCACACUCCGAAUGCCAAAUCAGCCUCCUGGGGGAAUCCCAGGGUCUCAGCCUCUCCUGCCAAACAGUUUGGACCCAACAAGACCGCAAGGACAUCCUAACAUGGGUGGACCAAUGAGAAUGAACCCUCCCAGAGGAAUGGCCAUGGGCCCACAGAACUACGGUGGCAUGAGGCCUCCUCCGAACUCCAUGGGCGGUCCCAUGCCAGGAAUGAACAUGGGUCCUGGAGGAAGGGGACCUUGGCCAGGACCUAAUGCAAACUCUAUAGCCUACUCCUCUUCAUCUCCAGGAAACUACGUGGGUCCCCCUGGUGGAGGAGGUCCACCUGGAACUCCCAUCAUGCCCAGCCCAGGUGAUUCAACUAACUCCAGUGAAAACAUCUACACAAUGAUGAACCCCAUUGGACCAGGAGGCAAUAGACCCAAUUUUCCUAUGGGACCGGGGCCUGACGGGCCCAUGGGAGCUAUGGGCGCAAUGGAACCGCACCACAUGAAUGGAUCACUAGGGUCUGGGGAUAUGGACGGGUUGCCAAAGAGCUCUCCUAACAACAUGGGAGGCAUGAACAAUCCUCCUGGAACGCCACGAGACGACGGGGAAAUGGGCGGCAACUUCUUGAACCCAUUCCAAAGUGAAAGUUAUUCACCCAACAUGACGAUGAGUGUGUGAUUUUCUUUUUCUUUUGGUAUAUUUUUCCUUCCCUCCCUAUAUUUUGUGACCCUCCACCCAUUUGUUUUAAAUGAAAUCCUUCAUCCACCUUGGAUUGGACCACUCCUUGCAAACACACACACCCUCUGCCCCCUCCCCUUGAUGGGACCCUCCACCGCCACCUGCUGUCCUCCUCUCACCCGGGGGCUUCACGGCCACGCGACGCAGCCUUCCGGGACGGCUCUGGAGCACGCUGGGACUCUAAUUAAGUCGGGCCCCCCCGAAGCGUGCAAAAUGUCUGCGGGUGUGAACAGGAAGCAGUCACAGAGCAACAGGAAGAGCCUCCUCUCCGGCUUCCUGUCGGUGUCCAGACAAUGAGCGAGGAGAAGAGACUGAGAAACAGCCCUCCUUCACUGACGCCGAGUCUUUGCCGCUGCCUGGAACCUGAUCAACCACGACGUUGAACUCUUCUUUGUGUUUUUGUUGCUGCUGUUCCGACGGACUCAGUGGCAGGUCGAAUGAAACGUCCCUCCCACACUGAUUCACGUGCGUGUACAUUUGUAACAGUCGUGAUGAUCAAUGAACAUGUUUUUCCAUAUUUUUUGUGUAUGUAUUGUAUCAUUAUUUUUAUUAUUGUUAUUAAUAAUAUUGGUAUGAUCAUUUUAAGACUAGGUUCUAAUAUUUUUGUUGUUAUUACGGGCACAUUAUUAUUAUGAAGACAGCACAUGUGCACACAAGUCCGAAACCCUUUGCUGUGUAAGACUGUUGCUUUUUCCAGCACGCUGCCCCCUGCUGGUCAGAUUAUGCCCAUCAUGGUACUAAUUGGUUUUAAAACAUCUGGAUAUUUUUUGCUAACGAGCAGAAGCCUCUUCCCUGCAGUAAAAUGCACAGCUCUAUUUAUUUAUGUACUUUUGUUUUUUAUGAACUUUUGUUACCUUUUUUAAGUGUUAUUCCUGGUUUGUGUCAACCGCAGAACUAGUAGCAACCGUGUAAACACGCAGAUCCGCUCAGGAGUGACUCGUCUUUGUCUGACAUGAUUAGACCCCCCCACCCCAUCUGAGCCCCGGAGUUGCUGAAGUCGUCACAGGAGUCACAUUUUGACCCCACUCGCACUGCUGAGCUCACUCCACUCUACUGUGCACAAAGUUUGUGCUAUCUUCUUUCUGCUGACGUUAGAUCUUCUCGUUUGUUUGCAGAUUAGUUCGUGUCGUGCAUGUUUGUGGUUUAUUGGAUCUCAAUCAGCAGGUGGGACAGCAGCAGGUCUGCCUGCUGAUUGAGCUCUGAGUCUCCGUUGAGGCAGUUCAGGAAGCAGCAAAGGCUUUGCUCUGCUGACUAACGAAUGGAGUCCCCCCCCCUCCAUCUUCACCUUCUCAUCAGGCUCCACGUCGCCUCUCCCGCUCUGUUAUUUUUCUACAACUCCCGUCUUUUGAUUUCAAAUCAUUUUUUUUUGUGUAAAUAUUGUAAAAUGCAUUUUGAUAUCAUUGACAUGUUUUGAUAUUUCAAAUCCCAAUUUACCAAUUGAUCAGUAACGAGCUGAUUGAGGCAACUGUGUGUAUUUGUGCAGAGAUAUGGUCUUUUGCUCAGAAUGAACACGGACGAGGAGAAACGGGAGCUGCUAUAGACUACGAUGCUAUUUCACCUCA